GCCCCCUCCCUAACUAUAUACUGGGGCAGGGGAGGAGGUGAGCUGUUUCGCAGGGGCGUCACACCGGCGCUGGCGUGAUGACGCAAAUACAGCGUCGCCGUCUCCAAGGAACGGAAUCCGUCGCCGGUUUUGAAGUGGCGCGGGUUGAACGGGUGGGGGGCUCCGGAGGAGGCCUGAUCAUUUUCUGCUGGUAACCCGUCGGCGCCCCUCGCCUUCAGUCUGCCGGGAGCCUGGGACUUGGGCCUUGUCUCUGCGUCCGCCUAGAUUAUCCCUGACCAGUCUCGUCUGGAGGGAUUUGCGGUCCGGGCCAGGGCCGAAGCUUGAAGAACGAGGCAGAGGCCGAGGCCGUGGCUCAUUUUGCCCCCCAAGCCUCACCGCUGUGUCAUCCCGCUAGCUCUCGUCCUCGCUUUUAAUUUUUCUUUUUUUAAUUUUCCUUUUUUCCUGGGCAAUCUCAAGUUGCGUUGUCAUUGGAAGGGGGGAGAGAGAGGCAGCUAAAACUGCACCGCAAUGGCCACAGAGCUCGACUUUCUGAGAGACCAAAAUCAGAGACUAAAUGCAGCUCUUAGGAGAUAUCAAAUGGAAAAUCUUUCCAAAUAUUCACUUGAACAGAAAACUGUAUUACAAGGAGAUGGGGACAAUGAAUUAGAAGCUACAGUAGCUGAUAGAAGCUUUUUAGCUCCUCUUAUUGCUGAAUAUGAUAAACGUCUAGAAGAAUUGAAUAGACAACUGAAAUAUUAUCAGACACAGGUUGGUGAGAUGAAACUACAACUUGAAAACAUCACUAAGGAAAAUGAAAGGUUGCAUGGUGAACUAAAAGAAGCUGUUCAAAAGCAAUUAGAGAUCCUUCCUUUUGAUACUUUAUCGGGUACUGAAGUAUUUACUGAUGAUGAAAUGUUCAAGAACCUGCAAGAGCAAUUACAACUAGCUAAUCAAGAGAAAAACCAGGCUGUGGAACUCUGGCAGACAGUAUCACAGGAGUUAGACAGGCUACAGAAAAUCUAUCAAGAUCAUAUGACUGAUGCCCAGAUUUAUGUAGUUGAAAGACAAAAACAAAAGGAUCAGCAGACUAACUUUCAACAACUGACACAACAACUUUAUGUAGCUAAUGAGAACAUGGAAAUAACUAACCAACAGUUUCUGAAAACAGUAACUGAGCAGAAUGUGGAAAUUGAGCAACUACGCAAACAACUUAGACAAGCCAAAUCAGACCUCAGAAGUGCGACAGCAAAAGUGGGAGAAAUGACCAAAUUAGUCGAAGACCUUCAAGGACAGAUGCAAAAGAAGGUGGAAGAAAUGGAAUCAGCCCAAGGAAGAGAAGAAGCAUCAGACAGGCGAUUACACCAGUUGCAAACUAGUAUAAAACAGCUAGAAACAAGGUUAUGUGUAGCAAUCCAAGAAGCUGACCAACUAAAAACAGAAAAAACCAAUCUAGAAAAACAGACAAAGGAACUUCAAGUUAAAUGUGCUGACUUAGAAAAUGAGAAGUAUGAAGCAAUUGUAAGAGCCAGGAACAGCAUGCAACUUUUAGAAGAAGCUAACCUUCAGAAAAAUCAGGCAUUGCUUGAAGAGAAACAAAAAGAAGAAGAUAUUGAGAAAAUGAAAGAAACAGUUUCUCGGCUUGUACAAGAGGCUGCUAUGCGAACCAGGAAGGAAGUGGCAAAUACAAGAAAACAGUAUAAUUUACAGAUUUCUCAAUUAACAGAAGAACUUUCAGCACUUCAAAUGGAAUGUGGAGACAAACAGGGCCAAAUAGAACGGGCUAUUAGAGAAAAGCGGGCAGUGGAAGAAGAACUGGAAAAGAUUUACCGAGAAGGCAGAGGAAAUGAAGAUGAUUAUAAGAAACUAGAAGAAAUGCACCAAAGGUGCUUAAUUGCAGAACGUACAAAGGAUGAUCUUCAGUUAAGACUUAAGACAGCACAAAACAGGAUUAAACAACUUGAGAUAAGUUCUGAAGAAGAGCUGUCACGUAGCCAGGAAAGGAUUCAGAAGCUUCAGAGUGUUUUAGAGUCUGAAAGAGAAAACUGUGGCUCUGUCAGCGAACAGAGGCUAAAACUUCAGCAAGAAAAUGAACAGUUGCAAAAAGACACUGAGGAUUUGAGAAAAAUUGCUUUGGAAGCUCAACAAAAAGCAAAAUUAAAGAUCAGCACAAUGGAACAUGAAUUUUCAGUAAAGGAGCAUGGAUUUGAAAUUCGUUUGAGAGAGCUAGAAGACAGUAAUCAUAAUUCCACUGUUGAAUUGAGACGUCUCUUAGUAGCUCAACAGAAGGCAACCAACCGGUGGAAAGAGGAAACAAAAAAGCUUACAGAAGCUGCAGAAACCAGGAUCAGUAAUUUGAAAAGCGAACUGAAUAGACAAAAACUUCAUACCCAAGAAUUGUCUUCUCAGCUGGAAUCAGCAAAUGAAAAGGUAGUUGAGAAUGAAAAGAUAAUUAUGGAACAUCAAGAAAAAACCAACAGACUUCAAAGACGCCUGUGUCAGGCAGAACAGAGAGCAGCUUCAGCUUCUCAGCAGCUCAGUGUGAUUACAGUACAGAGAAGAAAAGCAGCCUCCAUGAUGGAUCUGGAAAAUAUUUAAAAAUAUGCAUCGUUCAUUCACAUCCCUUUAGUUGGGAAAGCUGUCAGAGUAGCUGUAUAUUGGAAUGGUAACGCCUGAAGCAUAUGCUUAGGCUUGUGUCUUUGUGCAUAAAGCAGUUUCCUGUUUGGGGGGAUGGGAGAGCCAAACAGUGACAUCUUCACAGUAAGUAAAGAGACCACAAAAAUAGAGCCCCAUAAUGAACUGCAGUGGAGAAUAAAGCCAUCUCAGAAAAGUUCAUUCCCUUCAUGAAACUCUAUACUUGUUUACUUGCCUUUUUUCCUCUCAAAAUAUGAAGUGUUUAUUACAAACCCUAAUCAUGAAAGAAAAAUUGAGAAAAUGUUAGAAGUUUAAUAUUUCUACCUUCAAGAAUUUUUGAAUUUCACAAAUGAUCAUAACUCAUAAUUUUCAUAUUUCCUAAAUGUCUAUUUUCUAUAGUGAACCUUUCCAAUUGUAAUAAAUGUUCCUUUUUCUAAAACGAUGCUGUCAUACAUCUUAAUAUAUAUUUGGUAUAAUUUGUUUAUAGUUCUGACUCAUUUCCAGUAUUUCUAGGACUUGCUGCUUAAGUAUUUUUAGGAUAUGAGGCUUUUACAAACCAAAGGAAUAGUGAUCAAUUGAGCCCAUUUUAAGAUCACUUAAGCAUUAUGUUUAUAUUUAAAGUCUUUGCUUUUCUUAUUUAUUUCACUAUUGCAUAUUGUUCUAGGAUUCUAUUUUUAUCAUAGUACUUCCUGGUUACUAUAUUUCUGAAAGUUCAUAUUUGCAAAUUGAUUACAAGUUAGUCAGAAUGCCACCAGUGUUAGUAUUGCUGUAUCACUUCAGUUUUCAUGGAUCUUGAAUAUAUUUUUUAUCUAAACAAAGUAAGUAUUUUGAAUUCUUCAGAUCAAUCAUUUGGACCUUACAACUUUUGAAAAUUGAUUGUCAUAAAACAUCAUAAGAGAAAUUAGCUUGACAUCUUCAAAUAAAUAGUAAUGGAAAGAAUAUGCACAAAACCUGCCAUUGGCCCAAGUUUUGGAUCAAGAGUUUGUAUUCUAAAUCCAGAUGCCAUCUUCCUUUUCUUCUUAGCUUUUAGCCUUAGGACAUUUUCUCUGUUGGUGAAAAUAAUAGAUAUUAUUCCCAGAAUUUUAGUUUCUAAAGUACCUUAAAAACAAAAAAAAAAAUUGUGUAUGUGUAUAUAUACAUGCAUAUAAAUGCAAUAAUAAUGUACUUUUUAGUUCCCUACUAUUGUAUGAUUUCAAUUUUUUUAGUGUUUUUAUUUAAGCCGUUAAAACCAAUUACUUUCUGUGACUAUGCAUUCAAAGGCAAUUCAGUGUGAAAGUUGUGUUUCUGUGUAGGGCUCGAAGUCGAAAAAAUAAGGCUUUAAAUCUGGCCUCUAUCACUUCCUUUCUCCCCCACCCCUGCCCCCCAUAAGGAAGACUUGUAACUUCUCUGGCUUUUGGUGUUCUUACUUCUACAGCUCCUUACAGAUCCCAGUCUAUGGUCUUAGGAUGUUAAUUCCACUCAUUGUCCAUGAAUGAUACUUGUUCCAUCUUCUAAAACAUACACAUUCUCUCUCUCUUCCUACCAUUUUUCUGCCACUCUUUCUCUUCCCUCCUUCUCCUCUACUCUCUCUUUUCCUCUCUCUAUUUCUUUUAGACUUUCCAGACUCCCUUUCCUUAAGAUUCUUUGAGAUUUGUCUCUAGAUUUAUUUAUUUUCCAUAUGCAUUGGUAUGAGAAUAUGGCUUCUCAUAUGCUUGUGCACAACCUUCUCCAAUGGUAGGUCAGAAUAUGGAGGUGAUUGAUCUUGUGCUAGUAUUAACAACAAAAUCUGACCAAUAAUUACUUUUAUUUCCCCAAAGUACAUUACUAUGUGAAGAUUUGAUAUUUCUAAAACCUUUUUUUUUAAUUAUAAAUGCUGUUUUUGUUCUCACAAUAACAUUUAUUUUGUAUACUCCUUUCAGAAAGAGGAGACGAGGAUACUAACAGGAGAGAGAAAAAGGAAGUGAAAUGAAAAUGAAACAGAGACAACUCAAGUAGUUAAUUUUAUUUAUUCAUGUUACUUUAUUGUGUCUCCCUGAAUGAAGAAAGAAGAUGUGAUUACCUUCUUUUCCUCUGUAUAUGAAUAUUCAUAUCAGGGUAACCAACAGACUUCUGAAUAAUCUCCCUUCUGAAGUCACAUGAUAUGGCUACUCUAAGUAUAAAUCACCUAAUUUAUCUGCCAUCCAUCAAAUGUGGGCAGUAAUGUGUACAUUUCACAAACAUCACAUGCUCUCAGGCCAGAAAAUAGUGGGAAAGCAGUUCCUAUAUUUUACUCUAAAAUCUCAUUUUGAAUCAUUACAUAUUUUUUUCUCCUAUAUAGCAAGUCAUUGAUGAGCUACUUUUCUAAAUUUCCUUUUGACAAUUAUUAUUUUAUAUGUAUAUGUGCAUAUACAUAUGUGUAAUUUGAUAUUUUAAAAAAAUAAAUCAAGGAUUCCAUAGACAGAAGUACUAUUCAUGGCCUCUGUCCUUAUAGACCUAUUGAGAUGUGUGGUGUUUGUGCCAGUUAGCAUUAAAGUUGCUGUGCACAGUUCCUGGCACAUAUAGGUGCUUAAUCAAAUGUUUGUGGAUUGAUGGAAUAUUUCAUCCUGGUAAGCUAGGUGAUGAAGUAGAAAGAAUGCUGGCCUGGGACUGAGUCCUAGAUCCUUCUUCCCACCACCACCACCUUCACUUAGGAGAUUUGUGACCUGCAGCCUGUGACCUGGAAACUCACUUAACCUCUCUGAACCCCCUGCAGCACAACCAUCAUCCAGCGAAGAAGCAUCUGUGGAGAAGGGCCAGCCAUACUCUCUGACUUCAGACCUCCUGCUUCCUGUGGGGCAGACAAGACCACACAGCUAAUUAUACAGGCAUCCUGAGAGAACCAAGAGACACCAUAUGUUGGGCAGGGAGGCAAGCAGGCAGAUGACACUUAUGUGCCAGCACUCCGCUAAGUACUUAAUAUAUAAAUAGAAGCAAAAAAGGAAAGAGAAAAAGAAGAAAUGGGCAAAGGAAUCUUGCCCUCUAGGAGCUUACUUUCUAAAGAGAGAAGAAAAUACUUCAAAAGAAACUGAAAAGCAGGGUGGAGAAUUGGAAGUGUAGCCAGAAGAUAAUGAAGCCCUUCUUGUCCAAAAUAGAGUCUUCCAAAAGAAAUUCGCUAUGAGAGAAAAAAACUGGGGUGGCAAAGGGAUGUUCCAAAAUAAGAAGGCAACUGAGCUGUGAGGCCAAAGUCCAGAGCAUCAGAAGCACAGUCAGACAAGGUCAACCAGUCAUCCACCAUGUCAUACUACUGACAAAACUGCCAACAAACAAUUGCUAGAGGUUCUGCCUUCUUGACCACUAUAUCUACUGAAGAUCUCGUCACCAAAAUCCUUGGCAUUGUCAAAUGGUUCCGCCUCAGUGGUUUUUUUAAUCAGUGGAAAUGGAAUUAAAGAGAAUAUAUUACCUUUUUUUUUGCUUUACCUUAAAGACCCCUUUCCAUUUGACUUGCAACUAAAACCUCCGAGCAUUGUCUCCCAAUAGAAUGUGAGCUCCUUGAGAGUAGGAAAUGCCUCUGCUUUUCUAUUUGUAUCCCUCAUGCUUAGUAAAGUGCUAAUAAUAAGGACUUAAUGCUGUUUCAUCCAUUCAGUUGAUAAAUUGAGCUAAUAAUGCUCACCCUAUCUAUUUACCAGGAUUCUUUUAAUGAACACAUGGGAUUAUAUAUAUGAAAAUGCUUUGGAAACUAUUAUCAUAUGUAGCAAUAAUAAAAACAAAUAUGCCAUAUAUAA